CAAGUAUGAGAACCAAUCGAAUCAAACAACAUUGAAGAAGAAGAAGAAUAUCCCAGGAACCCGACCCAUGUCCUUGGAUUACCACAAAAUAGCACCAAUACCUCCAAAAAAACAAAAUCAUCGCCAACCAAUCUCAGCCAACCCAAUAUCAACUUCUUGUUUUACACUUUAGAAAAAUUUAAUACUGUCACGUACUCUGUUGAACAAAAAAGGUAAAAUAUCAACCAACAAUGAGUCAAUGACCAUCGGAGCACUAGAAUAGUAUACAAAGAACCCCCCUUUACCUUCCAAAAGCCAAAUAAACCCAAAGCGCCUUUUCUUGAUCUCUCUUUCUUCUUGUUUAUAUCGCUUCCUAAUUUGCUUUCACAGCUCUUUUUAUUAUUGGGUUUCUAAAUUAAUGGCUUCUUCUUCUCUCUCUAGCAUUUACUCACCUUCUUCAUCUUUCAAAUCGGAAGUGAAAUCCAUUCAUAAAAUCACUUCUUCCCAAUUGGGUUCAAUUUAUUUGCCCAACAAAUCAAGAUUCCAUGUUCACGCGGUGGCGCGUGAGGUUCCGUCGAGCUUGUCUAACGACGUCGUACACAAGGUGAAGAAGGAGAAUGUUGGGUUGGAGAAAAACCCGAAUGCUUUAUGGAAGAGAUACGUAGACUGGCUAUACCAGCACAAGGAGUUGGGUUUGUAUUUGGAUAUAAGUCGGGUCGGAUUCAGUGACGGGUUUCUUGAGGAAAUGGAGCCCCGUUUGCAGAAGGCCUUUAAGGAUAUGGAGGAUUUGGAGAAGGGAUCUAUUGCAAACCCAGAUGAGGGUAGAAUGGUGGGUCAUUAUUGGUUGAGAAGUCCUCAUCUUGCUCCCAACUCAUUUCUCAGAUUGCAGAUUGAGAAUACUCUUGAAGCUGUUUGCCAGUUUGCAAACGAUGUCGUCAGUGGUAAGAUCAAAACUCCUUCUGGUGGCCGAUUUACGCAAAUUCUUUCUGUUGGAAUUGGUGGUUCAGCACUAGGGCCACAAUUUGUGGCUGAGGCAUUGGCUCCUGACAACCCUCCUCUGAAGAUAAGAUUUAUCGACAACACAGAUCCAGCAGGCAUUGAUCAUCAAAUUGCGCAACUUGGCCCUGAGCUGGAAUCAACACUUGUUAUUGUUAUUUCAAAGAGUGGAGGCACUCCAGAAACCCGAAAUGGUUUGCUAGAAGUUCAGAAGGCCUUUCGUGAAGCUGGCCUGAUAUUUGCAAAACAGGGUGUUGCCAUUACACAAGAGAACUCAUUGCUUGACAACACUGCUAGAAUUGAGGGUUGGUUAGCCAGAUUCCCUAUGUUUGAUUGGGUGGGUGGAAGAACCUCUGAAAUGUCUGCAGUUGGUUUACUUCCAGCUGCACUUCAGGGAAUUGAUAUUAGAGAGAUGCUUGCUGGUGCUGCAUUGAUGGACGAAGCAAACAGGACCACUGUGGUUCGGGAUAACCCGGCAGCGCUACUUGCUUUGUGCUGGUACUGGGCAACUGAUGGAGUUGGAUCCAAGGAUAUGGUUGUCCUCCCAUACAAGGACAGUUUAUUACUAUUCAGUAGGUAUUUACAGCAGCUUGUCAUGGAGUCUCUUGGGAAAGAGUUUGACCUGGACGGUAACAGGGUGAAUCAAGGGAUCAGUGUUUAUGGAAACAAAGGGAGUACGGAUCAGCAUGCCUAUAUUCAACAACUCCGAGAAGGUGUGCACAAUUUCUUUGCAACAUUUAUUGAAGUAUUGCGUGAUAGGCCCCCUGGUCAUGAUUGGGAGCUUGAACCUGGUGUUACUUGUGGUGACUACCUCUUUGGAAUGUUACAGGGAACAAGGUCAGCUCUGUAUUCGAACGAUCGGGAGUCCAUCACAGUCACUGUGCAAGAAGUGACACCUAGAUCUGUUGGAGCUCUAGUAGCACUCUACGAGCGAGCUGUUGGGAUUUAUGCUUCACUUGUCAACAUUAACGCUUAUCAUCAACCUGGUGUGGAAGCUGGGAAAAAAGCUGCUGGAGAAAUUCUUGCACUUCAAAAGCGUGUCCUUCAAGUACUUAAUGAGGCCAGCUGUAAACAGCCUGUUGAACCACUUACUCUGGAGGCAAUAGCUGAACGUUGCCAUUGUGAAGACGAUAUUGAAAUGAUCUAUAAGAUUAUUGCACACAUGGCUGCAAAUGACAGAGCUCUUAUUGCCGAAGGUAAUUGUGGUUCUCCUCGGAGCAUAAAAGUUUAUCUGGGAGAGUGUAAUGUUGACGAGUUAUAUGCCUAGAUCUUGCAUUAAACAUUCUUAUGUUUCUGCAUACCUCCGAGAAAUACAUAUGUGCCCAAAAUAGGGUCCGGCCUUGUGGUGGCUGAUUAUUGGGGAUUUCUAACUGCUGUUAAGAGAUAAAAAUCCAAUUUUUUUUUCUUUUCAAAGCACCAUGUUCACAUCUAUUAGUUGUAUCAGAGAGCAUAUUUGCUUCCCCAUGAUCAAAUAAAUUUCAGAAA